AUGGCGGAAACCAAAAUCAUCUAUCAUAUCGACGAGGAGGAGACUCCGUAUUUGGUAAAGAUCCCCAUCGGCGCCGAAAGUAUCACUCUGUUGGACUUUAAGCAAGUCUUGAACAAGCCCAACUACAAGUUCUUCUUCAAAUCCAUGGACCAGGACUUUGGGGUGGUGAAGGAAGAAAUUUCAGAUGACAGCGCAAAGUUGCCAUGCUUUAAUGGUCGCGUGGUCUCCUGGCUCGUGUCUUCGGACGCUCCGGCCACAGAAUCUGCAGCUCCGGCGGCAAUCCCCGCUGCGGAGACGUCUGUCCAGCCUUCGCCCCCUCCUCCGCCCCUGCCGCCCCCGCCCGCAGAGAGGACCGGGGGCAUCGGAGACUCCAGACCGCCCUCCUUCCACCCCAACGCGACGGGUAGUGUGGAGACUUUGGACGAGCAGACCGAAACGGAGUCCGUUGUUUCCUUCAGGAGAGAGAGACCUCGACACAGGGAUAGCGUGGAGCAACAUGGGCCUCGCGUCAACGGACAAAGUCGCUUGGAGCGGCACUUAGCAGGGUACGAGAGCUCCAGCACGAUGAUGAGCAGUGAGCUGGAAACAACCAGUUUCUGCGACUCUGAGGACGACGACACCAUGAGCAGGUUCAGCAGCGCAACAGAACAGAGUACGGCCUCCAGACUCUUGAAACGGCAUCGGCGACGCAGGAAACAGCGCCCCCCUCGCUUAGAGAGGGCUUCCUCUUUCAGCAGUGUGACGGAUUCCACCAUGUCGUUGAACAUCAUCACCGUGACCUUGAACAUGGAGAAGUACAACUUCCUGGGCAUUAGCAUUGUGGGCCAAAGCAAUGAAAGGGGCGAUGGCGGCAUCUACAUUGGUUCAAUCAUGAAGGGCGGGGCCGUGGCCGCCGAUGGACGCAUCGAACCCGGAGACAUGCUAUUGCAGGUCAACGACAUCAACUUUGAGAAUAUGAGCAACGACGACGCAGUGCGAGUGCUGAGGGAGAUCGUGCACAAGCCGGGGCCGAUUAUCCUUACCGUGGCCAAGUGCUGGGACCCGUCUCCGCAAGGUUACUUCACUCUGCCGCGAAAUGAACCUAUUCGACCAAUUGACCCAGCGGCAUGGGUCAGCCACUCAGUAGCUAUGACCGGCGCCUACCCGGCCUUCCCGGGAAGCUCCUCUCUAAGUACCAUCACUUCCUCCUCUUCCGUCACAGAGCCCGAGCGUUUCGACGACUUCAAUUUGUCACUCCACUCGGACAUGGCGUCCGUGGCCAAGGCCAUGGCGUCCCCAGAGUCGGGGCUGGAAGUUCGAGAUCGCAUGUGGCUGAAAAUCACCAUCCCCAACGCUUUCCUCGGCUCUGAUGUAGUGGAGUGGCUAUUCCACCACAUCGAGGGAUUCCAGGACCGCCGCGAAGCCAGGAAGUAUGCCAGCAAUCUGCUGAAGGCCGGCUUCAUCCGUCACACGGUCAACAAGAUCACCUUCUCGGAACAAUGCUAUUAUGUCUUCGGGGACUUGAGUGACUGUGAGAAUUAUAUGGCCAACCUGUCUCUGAACGACAACGACGGAUCCAGCGGGGCCUCAGAUCAGGACACCUUGGCACCACUGCCUCUCCCCGGGGCGUCACCCUGGCCUAUGAUGCACACGUUCCCCUACCAGCCCUACGCCGCCCAUCCUUACUCUAGCCAGCCUCCUCCAUACCACGAGCUCACCAGCUACAGCUACACACCGGGAAGCACGGGCAGCCAGCACAGCGAAGGGAGCCGAAGCAGCGGGUCGACGCGAAGCGAAGGGGAACGACGCCGAGGCAGCAAAGGGCCCGGCAGCACGGUGGGCGGCGGGGAGAAAUCUCCCUGCGGGGGCGAUGCUGGCGGAGGUGACUCGCGCUCCGGCAGCGGCAGCGAAUCGGAAUAUUCUACCCGGAGCAGCUUAAGGCGCGGCCAUGGCUCUGCCGCUCCCAGCGAGCAUAGCCACGCUUCCUCCCAGCGCUCGCAUCAUCACCGCAUGCCGCAGCCCCCCCACAUGUCCCCAUACCCGCCAGGCAUACUUCCCUACAACCCCAUGAUGGUGAUGAUGGUACCUCAGCACCCGCACCCGGCUAUGGCUAGCGCUCACGCGCUUCCUCACGCACAGCAGCUAGCCACAGGACCCGUGCACCCCGCUCUGCCACCGCCCCUUUCGUCGGCUUCAGCCGGACCUCCCGGCGCGCCACCCACCCGCGACUUGGGUUCCGUGCCCCCCGAGCUGACUGCGUCCCGCCAGUCUUUCCACUUGGCCAUGGGGAACCCCAGCGAGUUCUUUGUGGACGUCAUGUAG